GCCCUGCGGCCCUGCUCCGCUCCGCUCCGGCGGGGUGCGGGCUCCCCCUCCCGAGGCGCCGCGGCCUCGCUCGUCCCGCCAAGCCCCGCCGAGGCCCAGGCCCCUCGCCCGCGCAGCGCCCUCCGCCGCCCGCCGCGUCUCUCUCUGGGGGCCACCGCGGGCCGAGGGGACGCCGGGGAGGAGCCGGCGGGGCGCUGCCUCCUGCCCCGGGAGGGGGUUCGGUCCCCGCCGGGCGCUCGGGCAGCCAUCUGAGGCGGACCGGCCACCCGGCUGCUUCCAGGUGGGGCCGUGACCGCGGGGGUGGCUGCAGCGCGACCUGGCAUGGCCGCCCCCGCGCCCCGGAGCGCCGCACACCCGCGGGGCGGGGGCAGGCGGGGAGCCGGGCGGCGCGGGGCGGUGGCACCGCAUGCGCAGGAGGCCAGGUGCCCGGCGGGUCGCCAGCGGCCGGCAGCGUCGCGGGCGGCCCCGUGUCCUCAUGGUGCCGUGUCAGGGCGGCGAGGCCGCCGCUGUGCCGGCAGCGGGCGGGAAGGAGCCGGAGGUGCCGCUGGGCCGGCAGGACGGUCCGGGUGCGGAGCAGCCUUGCCUGUGCCCGGCGCCGGGCAUGGAGGCGGCGGGCGCCGAAGAACACCGCGGUCGUGGCUGCUGCUGGGGUUUGCCCCGGCCGCGCUGCUGUGGGGCACCUGGAGCAAAGAAGAAAGCUGCUUGUCCAGGACUUGGGCUGUUUUAUACCGUACUGUCUGCCUUCCUUUUCUCAGUGGCCUCUUUAUUUCUUAAAAAAAUAGAUGAUGUACAUUCAGUGGAAGUGAGUGCAUUUCGAUGUGUUUUCCAAAUGGCAUUUGUUCUUCCUGGUUUAAUAUACUACAAAACGGGGUUUUUGGGACCAAAAGGUAAAAGAAUUUUUCUUUUCUUCCGAGGAUUCCUUGGCUCUAGCGCAAUGAUUCUUCUCUACUACGCUUUCCAAGUCAUGCCGCUAGCUGAUGCCACUGUUAUAACUUUUAGCAGUCCUGUUUUUACAUCGUUGCUGGCAUGGAUCUUUCUCAAAGAGAAAUACAGUAUUUGGGAUCUUCUGUUUACCCUCUUUGCAAUCACUGGAGUGGUUCUUAUUGCCAGACCACCGUUUCUGUUUGGGUCAAACGUAACGGGAAUUGAAGGAAGUUACACAGACCAUCUUAAAGGAACUAUAGCAGCAAUUACAAGCACAGUGUCUGCAGCUUCAACUUUUGUUAUACUAAGGAAGGUGGGAAAAUCUGUGCAUUAUUUUUUGUCAAUUUGGUAUUAUGCAGUUAUUGGUUUAAUUGGCUGUGUUAUAGCGUUGUUUGUUUUGAAUGAAUGGCGUUUACCAUAUUGUGGUAAAGAUAGGGUUCUUCUAAUAUUAAUAGGCUUGUUGGGGUUAGGGGGUCAAAUAUUUCUCACAAAAGCAUUACAGAUAGAGAAAGCUGGACCUGUAGCCAUAAUGAAAACAAUGGAUGUGGUGUUUGCUUUUAUUUUACAAAUUCUUUUUCUCAAUCAUCUGCCAACUUGGUGGACUGUGGGUGGUGCCCUUUGUGUAGUAGCCAGUAGUUCUGGAACUGCCAUUCGUAAGUGGCGACAAAGCUUGAAAAAAGCUAAACAAAAUGAAAUCUAACAAUACAGACACCUAAUUCAUUACAGAAACAAGCAACCUUGACAUAUAUAUACAAUAUUUAUUUUUAUUUAUUUAAAAUAUCUCAUUUACCAAAUUGUAGUACCAAGUUACAGCCAAUAAAAUAAGUUGUUGGGUUUUUUUAAGAAAACAAAAUCGAGGAUGUUUUAACAACUGAUUAGGUAUGUGCUUUUCUUUCUCAUAUGUAGGCAUGCAGAUACAAGAAAUAGAAAGAUAUUUAAAAGUUUCUUGCUUCCUAUCAAAAGUGGACAGUAGUGUUUUGGCUUUCAUUUUCCUAGAAUUCCUGAUUCUCCACUUAGACCCUUUCUCCAUUCUUUUGAGCAGUGGAAAUCAGUCUCCUAGGCUUACUUAAUACUGUUCUCUGCUUGAUUACCAGAGGGGUUGCAGUAUAAAAGAUAGAACGGAACGAAGAGUUAUAAUCCUAUGAACAUCCAACUUUUAUAGAACAGAUAAAGCUUGUACAUUUACAAGCCUUCUAAUUAUUUUUUUUUGUACAAAACAGAUGCCAAAUGGGGUUUUAUUUUUAAUUUGGAUUCUAAAAGAAAAAAGGCUAUUUCAUCUUUCCAGUAUCAAGAGAAAAUCAACUUGUGCAAAUUAUCUAUCAGCUUUGCUUUCUUUAAAAAAUAGUUUAAAAUGUUUGCACUUCUUUUACAGACAUAAUGAAACAACCUAAUCCCUUUCUUUCAAUGUGAUUUCCCAAUAAACAUCUUCAGUUGCUGCAGUCUCGGUGAUGAGACACAACAGUUAAUUGUAUGCCACUCGUAAAUUAGCCAUUUCUUGUGGUAUGGAAUGUUAUGCUGUAGCUGCACUUUUCUUUAUUCUAUGCAAAAGAUUAUAGGUUUUAGGUAUUUAAUAUAGAUUAUUUUAAAUGCUGCUUAUGACCCUUUUUGUUUAGGUUCUUUUGUACAAAAGUUCUUUAUGAGACCAAGUGUAAGUCGUCUUGGCCUUCAUAAAGUUUGGAGGAUUUACAAUAAAGCAUUUUUCUGUUUCAUGAGAAUUUGAAAGAGUGCAGGGUAAUUGCAGUUUCACAGGAAAUGAAGGUUGGCCCAGGUCAUAGCAGAGAUUCUGCAGAACAGACUUGAGGAGAGCUUGAUGGGGUGGUGGAGCUAUGGAUAUACAUCUCUAAGAUGUGGAGUGAGCCACACUACAUCUGGCAGUGCUAGUGGGCAUCUUCAGCCCCGUUUCUCCACAUGGCCCUUUUAAAUCUGCAGUUAGUCACUUCUUACACAUCUUCUCAUUUUUAUAGGCUUUAUCUUGAUAGCAACAAAUAUUAAGAAAAAUGCUCUUAGUGUCCUUCAUGUUUGAGGAGGAAUAUAUAUUUAGUUUCAGGAAGGGGGAUUUUCCCAAAUGGAGUCUUACGUACUUUUGGGUCUUGUCUCAGUAGUGCUUAAAGAAAAUUUUGACUUGGAUCUUUAUUUGGUCCUUUGUAUCAUAAGGUGGUUGUCAGUUUUUUGCUCACCUUAGCUUUUUUCUAAAAGAGAAUGCUGUGUUCUGUAGACUUGAUACAUGGUAGGUUUUGGUUUUGUUUGAUUUUUUUUUUUUUUUUACAAAAUCACUAAAGUUGGCUGAUAUUUUCUUAUUUUGAUUUACAGAUGUCUAGUCACAUAUCUUUUCUUUUGACAAUAAGCAUUGCAUCCUGGCAGGGCAGAUCUAGGUACUUGUGUCCUUAAGGACUGGUAUGUGUAUGUACUUCAGGAUGCACUGGAUGUGAGGAGCCAUCUGCAACAGGUUUCAGGGGUGGGAAGGAAAAUAAACUGCAUUUUUUACUGCUUAACUUCACAUUUAAUAUGGAUGUGUUUGAGUUGACACUUCUAAAGGUGUGGUUCCAAAGCAGUUCAGAUUGAUGUAAAUCUGGGUUGUCAGCUAGUCCUGCUCCCUCCCGUUGGCUCAGUGCUUGUGCUUACGUGGUUUUGUGGUGAGCUAGCCCUGGGAGCUGAUCUGGCUAUGUAACUGUUUAGUAAGGUUGUCAGAGAGGGCAAAACCAGAGUAGCCUGAGCUUGAUUAGAGUGUGAAAACAUUAGGAAGGGGAAUUAGAUCAUAGAAUAGAAUCAUUUAGGUUGGAAAAGACCUUUGAGAUCAUCAAGUCCAACCGUUAACUUAGGGCUGACAAGUCUAUCACUAAACCUAAGCACUGUAUCUACCAGUCUUUUAAAUACCUCCAGGGAUGGUGAUUCCACCACCUCCUCGGGCAGCCUGUUCCAAUGCUUCACCACCCUUUCAGUGAAGGAAUUUUUCCUAAUACCCAGCCUAAACCUCCUUUGGUGUAAUUUGAGGCUGUAUCCUUUUGUCCUUUUUUAGUUAUCUGGGAGAAGAAACUGACCCCCACCUGCCUAAAACCUCCUUUCAUGUAGCUGUACAGAGCAAUAAGGUCCCUCCUAGAUCUCCUCUCGUACAACAUACAAAUGUUGAUUUGUCAGUACAGAAUAAAAAUAAUGUGGAAGCUUAUAUAAAAAAUCUUCAGGUUGUAUUAUUUCAAUUAAUCUUGUUUACACUUAGUGGAGAAGAACAGCCUACUGAAGAAAGGACUGUUUUCUUGCCCUUAAUACAUAAGGAAGUGUAGAAGAUAACCUGACAUGAAAUCAACAACCCAAUACAGUGAUUGGUAAUUUUUCUGUCAAGUUCUUGCGGAAACACUUCUGAUAUAUUUCCAUACCUGUGGUGCCAAAUGAUUUUUUUUUUCUUUAUCCAAAUCUAUAGGGUUUUCUUAUGGCUCCAUCUACUUAUUUCCUUUUGCUGUUCUUAAACCUUCCUAAAUACUUAAGUUGUUAAAAAUAAUUAUAAUCUAAAUAAGAUCCUGUGUUAGAGGCCAUUGUGUUUUUUGGAACAUUAUUUUGAUUUUGAGCCAUCUUUUAGAGAAUUGUUUAACUAGUGUGAGAAUGAAGAACUUGACUAGGGCUGCUCUAGUCAUAAAGUAUGACAAGCUAGCUUCUAUAACUAGCUUUUCUAGAUGAUAUUGGGAAUGGAAGACACUUAAGCUUUAAGGUUUUUUUUCAACCACUUCAAUUUUUAGAUUUUUCUUCCUCUCAAAUGUAGGUUAAAACCCUAAAUUUUAGUUGGAAGCCUUGAAGAGAAUACCCUAAAAUGCUGGUGGGUUUUUUUAAUGAAAAAUAUUUCUUACAAUCACAUUAAGAUGGUCAAGCUUUUUUUUUCUUCAGAACUUAACAGUUUGAGAAUCUGAAAUGAAGCUGGCUGAAUGUUGAUCCUUUCAGAUUCUUAGUUUUACUUUUUUCUAAUAGAGUUUUAAUUUCAAAAAAAUUUUUUUAGCAUUUUAAUACAGCAAGUUUCUCAGGGUCAAAUGUUAUUUUUCUGAGCUUUUAGUCAGAAAUAUAUUAUUAAUGUUCAUCACCUGUAAUGUCCUGUUGUGAUCUUUGCAGUAUUUUUAAGUUUGAUAAAUUUACUUUUCUAAUAGAAAGACCUUCCUUUGUGAUAUGAUGGAAUAUUGUUACAUUGCAAUUGCUAUGCCAUAAAGUUGUUUCUUUUGAAUUUCAACACGUUAAUGCAGUGUAGUGAUUUCAGUGGAUCCUGAAUAGAAAGAGUAAUAAUUAUUAUUGAUUGUUUUGCACCUAAGCACAGGGUAAAAAGGUUUAGUUGUUACUGAUGCAUCACAGAAUGUUUCUUAUGUUCUUUACUAUGCAAACCACUGUAAUCAUCUGUUGUCUUCAGUGGGACUUUACAGCCUUAAAGCCUUGUAUACCUGACUGUUCUAUAGAAAGCUGGCUGAAAAAGUUAUGUACUGUCACUGUGCAGCAGCCAGUUUGUUUCAGGUUACGUUGGUUGUCAAAGUGUGCUCUAAAAGCUGUCUGCGUACACCUACACUAAGAAUUUGGCAAACUCAAUCGUGUAGGCAAGGGCGGUCUAUGUAAUUAAAAUGGACUUCCUGCAUUUGUCCAACACCAGGCAUGAAGUGACCUCAGCAUAAUAGCAUCAAUGAAAUGACUAGUUCAAUGUGUCCUUUUUCUUCUGAAACUAGGCUUUUUCCCAGUUCCAAAAACUGUUCUAAGGUGGCUCUUCCUGUAAAUGAAAACAAGAUAGAUAGUACUACCCUUGAUCAUCAUUCAGUACAAACACUUCCCCCGGCCCUGUAGUAUUUUCUCUCCCUUGAGCUUUUGUUCAAGAGCUGUCUGUUGGAAGAAGGUUUAGUUCUAGAGAGGUAGCCUCUUAAGUUAUUUCCUUGCCAAUGAGUGUUAAUUAACCAGGAAGUCAGUUUUCCAGUUCUCUAACCAUGGUAACCAUGGUAUGCUCAUCUGUGGCACCAGCCCCACAAGGGUCGUAGGAGCAUGAUCUCUGUCCCUGCAUGGGGUCAGGGUUAGUAAUGCUGGCAGCAGAUGUGGAACACUCUCUUCAGCAGGACGUUGCAGUGACCAGCAGAAUAUUUUUGUGGUCAUAACUGCCUGUCCAUCCAAAGAAAAGUCAUGGCUUUACGUUCCUGCAGGUGCAGGUAACUUCAGGGUGGAACAUACAUAGACUUCUAUGGUGAUAACACUUCUGUGUAUCAGAAUGAGUAAUUUCCUAUGUUAUGUGAGUUACUGUUUGACAAAAAGGGGGUAAAAAUACCCUCAGCAUUAAUUAAAUGAUUUUUACUAUGUCUUGUUUAUUGUUAAAUAUAUAUUGAAUUAUAUGUUUUGUAGAAGUUACUGGCUUUGUUAUGUAGUAGUAUAUUUUUAUAGACUAUUCUUAUAUAUUGAAAUGUUAAGAAUAUUUUCGUAAGAGAUUUAUAUUCAUCAUUGCUAAUAAAAUGAACCUGAAGAAUUAA